CUGGACGGUCACAAGGCAAAAUCUGCCCAAGCGUCCUAAAGCGGAGUAGCAACAGAGAAGCUGAUUGGCCGAGAGACCGCAGCAGCUGAAAUAGCUAUGUAAACACUUUCCCCUCUCUUCGUGAUCCCCGGUAAUUAUAGCAGGGAUGCUAGUGACGACAGUUUGUCCCAUCGAGACUUCAAAUGCUGGAAUAAAUUUGACAUUAUGAUAUUUGACCCCGGCUUCACGUAAACACCCGGGAGCGGUAUAAAGAGUAGGUACCCCGGCUGGAACAGAAGUUGUUUACCCUUUAGCUCAACGGAGAAGGAGGCGGAGGACAAGGGGGCCCUUUAAAUUCAACCCGUGAGGGGUUUUUACGUAACACGGCGGAGGCAAAAACGAGGGGGACGCACCGGAGAGAGGGUACUUGAAAACAUUUGACGAGCAGGAACGGUUGAAAGGACCAGAGAAAGCAGGGACUAGACUGAGGAGUUACACCGGAGGGCAGAGAAAACUUUUGUGUUGAGGCAGCCCGACAGUGACCUCUGACUGAAAAGCGAAACAGCCAUCUGAAAGAGCGUCUGGCUAUUAAACAGCCUGUGUCAUGGCAGCCAUAGAUCUGGAGCGAGGGCUGGAGCACAGGGGUCAUGGCUGGGGGCAAGAGAGGCCAGAGCUGAUGGACAACUUUGACUCCGAGAUGCAGGAGUGGGAAGACCAGCUGCAGGACAUCCAGAGGAAAAUUGAAGAGCUGUACAAUGAUGUUCAGGCCCGCAGAGGAGCAAACGAUAUCACCGCUGACAACCAGAAAAAUGGCAGCCUGUUGGAGUGUGGCCUGGGUCACCAUGGCAACGGCCUUUUUGUGCCUGACCAUCACAGAGAGAGCCACACUAGAGCUAUAACUGUGCCACAUCACUAUAGUAAUGGCUGUGGUCCCAAUGGGUACAGCUAUCCUGUGACUCAUCAGAACAGCUACAGUUUCUGCAACGCCAACAGCGUCUCUGAGAUUGGAGACUUGCUGCAGGAUUAUUUGGGGAAAGGGAAACAAUUGAGCCGCAAGAACAAUGGAGCUCGCCACGUGCACUUCAGUGACACAAUCAAAGUGAGCCAGGACCCCUCUGCAUGCCAGGAUGAGAUCAGAACAUCUGGAGAUAAAAGGCUUGGUAAAGAACAGUUUUUGGGCAGUUUUGAGGAGACUGAAAACAGAAAAAACAGAGUUUCUCACAUGAAGAACUUCACCCGCAGAGAGAGUUCCCCCAAUAAAGAAAACUCGGCCAAGCCCCCUCUUGGACAAAGGGAUGCUCCUUCUGCACAAGCACGCUCGCAGCUCCCAUUGGCAGCUGAAUCUCCUGCUCUGGACAGGAAAUCCUUCAGUGCAGGAGUCCUGGGUGAUAGGAAGUGCAGCAGCCCCUCUGUUCUCAGGAAGUUUGGAGCUAUGUUGCAGGAGAAUGAGGGUAAAAUGCUGACAGAAUCAGGGGUGGUGACCCAUCAGGGACCGGCUCCAGAAGCAAAGUGCCCCACUCCCGGCUGUCAGCGCAGAACUCUGGGAGCUGCUGCAGUCACCGGCAGGGUGCCCACACGCUUGUCUACCCAAAAGUGCCAAACAGAUUCUGAUGUGCUGACAGCAGAGAUGGAGCCCAGCCAAGAACGGGGUUUAGCAUUAGACCCUGGUAGGCAGAACUACAAGGAUCAAAGAGGAGGCUACAGCAGUUCCAGAGGAUCCCAGCCUGGUCCCCAGCAGUCUCAGAGGAGAUCACAGGUGGCAGGGAGCCCAAAGAUUAGACCCAGGGCUCACAGUGGGGCAGACAGAGAUGGAGGACUGGUUCAAGGAGAGAAAUCACGGAAGGCUGCAGUCGAGCAAGUGGAGCCCAAAAUGGAGCACAGGAUUUCAAGUGCUCCCUCUGGAGCUCAGAGCAUCCAGAGGGGAAUGCUGUCAGGACAGGAGUUGGUUCAUUGUAGCCAGUUGAGGGAUGAAGGACUCAUUGAACUGCUGGACAUGCUAGAGAUCCAGCACGAGUACAGCUCUGGUCCCAGAACAGGAUACAAAGCUUAUAGACAAGAGCCACAGCAGGUAAAUCUAGCAGAGUUGUCACCAGCUGCACCUAAGAAGAGCUUCUCUCGUCCUGCGCGGCCAGCUAACCAGCGACCUCCUUCCAGAUGGGCCAGCUGCACCCCUCCUGCCAGAAUCACCGCCCCAUCGGGCCCAAUCUACCGCCCGCCAAGCCCACUGACUCGCCCCCCUAGCCCCAUGACCAGAACCCCAAGCCCCGCGCUGAAGCACAGGCUUCUUGUUUCUUACUCUCUUCCUACUGAGACUGUCAUUAUGUAAUAGUUCCAUUUGAACUGAGCUUGUUCCCUUCCUCUUACUUUGUAAAUAGUUUCUGUCCAACAAGAGCGCUGCAAACAAAUGCUUCAUUUUGUUGUGAAAUGAAACAUAUCCACUACAUUCUCCAGUGCUGCUGUGGCUUGUAAGUCCUGUGCCUAAACUCUGCCAACACAUCAGCAUUUUGGCUUUGUUGUAGUCCUGCUCCGUAUCCAUAAAACUUUUUUUUUCUUUGUAUUGAAUUUCAGGUGUUUUCUGUGUAAUGUGAUGAAGCAUGCAGCCCUGUUUUUGAGGGUGCAAGCCCGUGUGUUUGAGCCUCAUGGCUGUUUUCAGCCUGGAUUGAGUUGCAACUGUCCUCCCAGCAGCAACCUUCUGUCAACAACAGCGUGUUGUACUGUAUUAUAUUGUCAAAACAUAUUUAAGAUGUUCAAAUAACAGCCGUGACAAAUGACUAUAUUAUGCCUUUAAUGUAUUUUUUCUUGGUAAUAAAUAUGAC